CGGUAAUGCAGUAUUAAAGUUAGUUGCCAACCGCCAAAAAAUUUAAAGAAGAAGAAGAAGAAGAAGGAGGAAGAAUCGAAAUGGUGUCAACAAGUGAAGUGUUUUGUCUGUUGUUGGUCGCGAUCUUAUGGGGAGGCACAAACCCAUUCCUGAAAAGAGGCACAGAGGGCAUAGAAGGGGUUCAGAAAGAUAACAAACUCCUCCAGUUUCUGGCUGAGGUCAAAUUCUUGUUUCUCAAUAUCAAGUAUUUGAUCCCAUUUCUGUUGAACCAAAGUGGAUCUUUAGUGUUCUACUUCACUCUUGCUUCUACAGAUCUGUCUCUAGCUGUACCCAUGGUGAACUCCCUCACAUUUCUGUUCACGCUAUUAAUGGGUAAAUUACUUGGAGAGGAGUUUGGAGGAAAAAGAGCUGUGUUGGGUAUGUUACUCAUCAUGUCUGGAGUGACUGUGUGUGUACUGAGUUCUGUCUCUGAGACAGAUGGCGCAGGAGCCCGCAACACAAGUGAUCUUUGAAAUGUGCCACUGGACUGUGAGGUGAAGGAGGACCAUGGAUCUGCUCCAGCCAUGUGAUCAUACCUCACACACACAUAUUCUUCUGACACAAUAUCUGUGCUGCUCCAUUUUCAGUAUGUGCCGUGAACUUGGUGAUGGAUGAAUUUAUAUCUGUACUUGAAUCAUGUUGAUGAAAUCCAAAUGUUUUGCACUUUAAAUGCAACUGUGGAAAGAGUAACUUUAAGUGUGUUAAUUAUACUUGUAUAUAUUGUAUUAUUAACUGAUAUAUUUGUAUGGAUUUGUAUUAAUAAUGUUAAAGUGCCCAGUGUUUAAAUACAUUUAUUUUAAAUGUCUUUUACAUUCAGAGGUCUUAUGUUAAACAGAAGAAAUAAAAAAAUAAAAACA